CGCAUGGUAGCUUCAUUUUGUGCUACGAUCAUGAGCGCUCGCUUCCCAUGAGAUGGGCCCAUAUUUGUCCCAACCUGUCACUCAGAAAGAGUCAUGUUCAGGGAGCGGAAGGCUGUGGAACAUGCUGCAAACAUAAUUAGAGUUCAAGAGUGGUGGUUGUUUAUGCAUAAUGCUCGAGCGCUUUUGUCUUGGUGGAGGGGGCACCUUUGGGGCUGCAGUGCUAUGCAGGGAUGGAGAACCAGCAUGGAGGUGGAUUUGUGGCCUUUCUUUGCAGUGCCAACGCUCUUUGUUGCAGCAUUUCCUGCACCCAUGCCCUAUUUUCAGGAUUCUCAUUUGGCUAUCUCUGGGCUCGGAGAAGAGCUGCGAGCAUCUCACUGAUGGUACCGAAAUUGUAACAGCCAAGAAUGUGGCUAAGGAGUGGGAUCUCUUUGUUUGGAGUCUUUGAUGGACAUGGAGGCUCAGAGGUCGCAGCGUUCUGCAAGAAAUACAUGCCUGACGAAAUCAGCAGGCAGCUGAGAGUGCGGUUGGCAAGUGGUACCAGGCUUUCCGGCGAUUGCUUGGGGGAGGUUCUGACUGCUUCCUUCCAUGCGAUGGACGAGAUGCUGCGGUCACCUGAAUUUGAGCGACCCUUGCUCGCGCUGAAACAGGCUGCGAGAGCUGGUCCAAAAGGAGGUGAUGCUGGCGUUUCAUCUUCCGAAGCAGGAUCUUCAUCAAGCGCUGACUUAGACGAGG